AUGAACCAUUCACCUAACUCCAGCGCCUCCGUCGAGCUCAAGGCGAAUGGAGAUGUCUCUCGAAUUCGAUCUCAUAGAGGGAAUGCCCCCACACUUCCGCAAACGAAGUACUGCCCUCUCUGCCCCGCCAAGUUUACAAGAACAACCCACUUGAGUAGACAUAUCCGUUCACAUACCAACGAACGGGCCCACAAGUGUAUACUGUGCGGUGCCGAGUUCACCAGAAGCGAUUUGUUGACCCGACACAAGAAGACCUGCGGAGACCCGCUCAAAGCCCAUCGAUCAAGAAGAAAAUCCUGUCAGGCCUGCGUCGAAUCCAAAGUCAAGUGCGAUCUCCAGUAUCCAUGUUCGAAGUGUGUAUCCCGUGGCAAGAAAUGCGUUUUUAUCAACGAUCCAGCCGUAACCCGCUAUAAACAGUCGUGUGCCAAAAAGCGCUUAUCACAGACUCGAGACUGCAGCCAGGGAAUCGGUGUCUCUGUUGAAAGCGCUGCUGGACCCCAACCUUCUCCCACCUGCUCCUUUGACUCUCUCUCGUCCCCUAGCGAGAUCGAUGACGUCUCCCCUAUUCUGUCACAUCCAGCUGCAGCUUCAGAGUUCGGCAAAUUGGGGAUGUCUUCUCAUUCUUCACCCCAGCCGGCUAUCUAUAAUCCGGCCACCGAUGAUGGCGGAGUCAGUCAGUUAUAUGGUUCAGAACAGGAUAUCGAAAAGAUGUUUUCUGGCAAUGGGUUAGACUCUCUCCUCGAACAGUUUUCCUUCUCCGAUCAAGACGCAACUAAUCCAGAACAAGUACCUUCUGGACUUCCAUGGCUGGGAGGCGAAGGGUCUGGAUCGGAAGGUAUCUACCCGUUUGCACUUAUGCAAACCAUGCCUAGCGUAUCUAUCCCCCCGUCGUCGGAUUUCAGCUCUCCCUCAGAUGCCGUUCCUACUGACUCCCCCAUCUCAUCCGAAGAUCACCCGCAUUCUACCGAGGUCUCAACUGGUAUGAAAAUACUAGACACCGAGAAGGAACAAUAUUUAUAUCUUUUCUUCUCUGCGUUCUGCACCCAGCUUCCUUUAGUUCAUCCGGAAACCUGGAUGGCUGAAGAUAAGCCUUCCGUUCUGGUUCGCGCAAUGCAGGCAUGUGGCGCGCUCUUCGUGACAACACGAAGGGCUAUUAACUUCAUCAACGAGACACUGUCUUCAACACGGGAUAUCUUGAUUCAACAAUUCACAAAAGCAGCGUGCAACUCCAAAGAGCAAGAUUAUUUGAUACUUGCUGUCGUGUUGUUGCAGACUAUCGGCUUAUUCCACCAGCGCGCCGAAUUCCGGGUCUCAUCCAACGUGUAUCAUGGAAUGUUGGUCAUGAUGAUUCGCAAGACAGGCUCUAUCACUCGUUCGCGUUCUUGGGCUGUCUCUGACUUGAAUGACUCCAUCGCACUGGAACAAACAUGGCAUGAAUGGGCCCAACACGAGACUGUUAAACGGGCUUUACUCCUCUCCUAUCUCCAUGAUUGUUGUCAUUCUGUGUUCUUCUCGAUACGUCCUUCUUUCCAAACUGCAGAAUUCGACAUCAAUUUGCCGUGCGACGAAGCAUUGUGGAAAGCACAAUCUGCCCGAGAAUGGUAUGAACUUCUACAGAACCCCUCUGCGUACGGAACCGGGACAAAUAGAUUGUAUGGUGUCGGCAUGCAGCAAGCCUUGGCCAAUCUUGGAGAAAUACGUCUUGGCGCUUCCCAUACCUCUCUAAAUCCGUUCUCCCAAUUCAUUCUCAUCCACACAAUUCUCCAAAGUAUCUACGAAAGCCAUCUCUGUUCUGAAGUUCCAGCCUCGUCACCGGCCCCGACCCCUGAUGGCGAAGGUCGCCAAGGAAGCCACUUUGCGACACAGUGUACUUUGCACAAUUGGAUUCAGAUGUGGAACCACUGUCCAGAUAUGAUAAAACAUGAGGGCGACUCUGAUGAGCUCCCUUUUGCGUUCAACGCGUUGCCAUUCUACUGGCUAGCGCAGGUCUUGCUGUUGGCCAUACAAGAGGGUGGCACAGAAUGGAUUGAAUCGAUGACGGCUGAGAAUAGAUUCCAUCUCAUAAAGGAGUGGCUGGAUCGUAUACGAUUCUUCUUGCGCCAGAACCACGAGAUUACGCCUAACUUGUGGGAUGAUCUGAUGGCUAUUCGCCGUCAAGUUUCACAGGUUGAGACGCAUCAAUUGGCAGACCACCCAAAUGGUUUACUUGCUUUCUUUCCAGAGCACUGA